GUUUACUAAGAAUUUGGGCCUUACCAAGAACGUUUGUGUCCAGAUAAGUAACAACAGGAUGACACAAGUCUAAUAUGGCUGCCGGCCUCGUGGUAGCCUCGUACUUAUAAAGCUGUUAUCUUCACCUGGAUCACGAACUGGUUCGAGACCGCUUCCCGCUUGAUUGAAAAAACUACAGUGCAAUUUUGUGUUAAUCCAAUUGCUUUCCGUAAAAAUGGGACAGGUAUUCAGUUGUUUGCGUGACCAUUGUCCAAAACUGGGCAGGAAGAGGAAAUUAUCUGAAGAGAGUGAAUCUUCUCAAGUUGCUUCAUUGGACGUUUCUACAGAAGAUGCUAACAAAUGUUAUGUAGAUCAAAGGGUUAUCUUAGUUGAAGAGCAAGAUGAUCCAGAUGAACGCAACCGAGCUGUAGGAGGAGUUGCAAACAGUUCUGCUAUUGCACAUGAAGAUCAUAUUUAUUCAAAUCACCUGGCCUGCAAUGAAGCAACUCUUGUUGAUAUUGAAGUUGUUCCUAAAGAUCACCUUAUUGAUAAUUUAGAAUCUUCAUGUCCAAAGAAAAUUGAGAAGUUUCCUGACCAAACUGUGUCUGUAAAGAAAAUCAAGACUGAGGAUUUCCAAGAUUUCCCUAUAAUCAAGGAUCAAAACACCAUAGAUUAUGUGCUUAAAUCAAAGAUUGCUGUUAUUAUGCGGGGCUUAUCAGGAUCUGGCAAAUCUACACUGGCUUCGAAACUUCUUGAGAUCUAUGGAGAUUAUGCUAUUGAAUGCUCAGCUGAUUUUUUCUUCAACCAACCUGAUGGAAGCUAUGCAUUUGACCCAACUCUUCUGAAGGAAGCCCACAACUUCUGCUAUGAGACUGCUAAGCACGAGAUGUCAGUUGUUCACAGGCCUCUGGUCAUCAUCAACAACACCAACAUCAAAUUAUGGGAGUACAAGAAGUACACAAAUCUGGCCAAAGAUUACUGCUACACAGUGAUCAUCAUGGAGCCACAGACUCCAUGGGCCCAGGAUCCUGAAAUCUUAGCCCAGAAGAACAUUCAUGGCAAUGAGGCUUCUAGCAUUGCUAACAGGCUGGCUCAAUAUCAAGCAAAUGAACCAAUCUUCUUUGGUUGGUUCCUGAACCCUCAUGACUCGUGUAUACUGGUGAACCAGGUAUUUGACUACCUGAAGGAGCUACUCAAUGUGUCGCCAUUCAGAGAGAGCCUGGUACGAUGCUGUACUCUAACGGUUCCCAACUUUGUCAAAGUUAGCGAGGCUGAAGCGCACGAGUACUACCGCUUCACUGGCCGUGAUGGAGCCUUCCAAAGCCUGCACUGCACAGCCAUGUUUAUGGGCAAGGGCAAGGCUCCUGGGGCGCAGGAAUAUCUCAAGAGGCCUGCAGUAAAAAAGAAUAUCGGACGCGUUUAUUCCUUAAUUGUGACGGGGUUUGUGAUCACACCGCGCACGCUAGGGGCGCGCGUGUUGCUGCAGCCGCCGUUGCUGCCGCUGUGGGGGCAACAGGACGACGGUCUCGACAUGCCAGACGCUCUCGCCAGCCUCUACCGCGCCGCUCAGCCCGACCAGCGCGUCUUGUUGCCCAAUGGCCGUGAAUUGUUGCUUAGUGGAAGUGAAUUAGGGUCUGCCGCAGGUGAUUUAUCUCAAGGAUCAUUUACUGGAAAUUUAUCACCAAGUACAGCGGGUGAUUUAUCAUUGCCGAAAAAGGAUAAAUACUCCGGUGUUUCUAUCAAGUCGUCACGAGCGGGAAAUUUAUCAUCAAAUUCUGCUAUAGCUGAAUUGUCUGCUUUUAGUAACACAACAAUGGCUGUAAAUGAAUCAUCACCAGUAGCGAAUGAUAAAACAGCGACUGCAAAAGACCGUUCACCGCUUGCUGGAGUUGAAUCGCUCAGUGAAGGAACGUCUCCCCCAAAUGACAUAGCAGGCAUAACAGAGACGGAGGUUAUGGCCAGGAUACUGCAACGAGCGAGCAGCAAACCCCGACUUUGUGACGAUGAAGGCAGCCUGAAAACGCUCGUCGAUAUCAGCUGUGACCAAGUGCCUCAACCUGCUCAAGACGAGACUGGGGAAGGCCGAAGAGCACACCUCACGCUGGCGGUAGCACCCAACGUCGCGGCCGUCGUUACGGGCUUCGAUUUGCUGCAGCUGCUGCGUCUGGAGAGCGAGAUCCGGGAAGUUCUUCCGAGGAGUGUGAAAAUUAAAGGCGGCGUCAUCACUGAGUAUGAGGGAGGCGUGUUUGCUGUAAAGCCUGAUCAAUGCAUGAAAGUGCAAGCGAUGUUCUCUGCUUCAUACUGAAGCAUCCUCGACAUCGCGUCGUGCCUCAGACUUCUAGAAUCUACAGUUUAUUUGAUUUUAAUUUAUGAAUUAUAUUUUAUUUCAGACUUGGUGAUAAUUUCUUGCUACAUUUGUUGAUAAUUUUAAUUCGAAAAUUUCGAAUGUUUUCUGUUGAAUUUACAGCAUUUCCUAAUUUGUUUUUAUUUUCUUCCACUUUACAUUUAGUAAUUUUACUACGGUACCUUGAGUCGUUUACAUGUAAUACGUUAUUUGACGUCUGUUCUCUUUAAUAUCAGACAUAAUUUUUAUGCAGUCAUCUUUAAGUAAUAUAGGUAGUAUAUUUAAUUUAUUUAUAACAAUCUAUGUUGUGAUUUUUCUGUUUUGCUGUAGGUAAUCAUGAAGCUCCUGCAAAACCUUGACCUUUAUGACAAGUAUGGGUUGCAUUAAACAUUUUUCAAAUUGAAUCGAACAAAUAAAUUGUUAGCUCUUGAUGGUGCUAGGGGCUGAUUUCCUUGUUACAUAACAAUGAAAUAUAUCGAUUAGAUUUGAGCACAAAAUUUCACGACAUUUUUGAGAGCAUAGAAUAGUUUCUGAAGAAAUAUUUAUUACUAUUUUCUAUCUCAAGUAUUUUGUGGUUUCACUUGUGAUAUUUCUUUCUGGAGCUCGCUAUGUAUCUUCUAUGAAUUGAUUUCAAUUGUAUUCUCGUUUCAGGUUGCGGCGAAUGUUAUCUAUUUGUAAGAAAAUUGCUCAUUUAUUGGUGAACUGAAGAUUCACAAAAAAAUUAAUAACUUAUUUAACGUCGCUUUUGCUAUGUAAAUUCGCCAUAUUGAAUAGGGAUAUAAAAAUUUUCAGAGUAUUAUUUAUGUGCAUUACUUCCAUUAUAGGGAUUAUGAUUAGAUCAAAUAACCGCAAUGGAACCAAAAAAUGGGGAUGCCUUACUGAAUGUGAUAUGCUGCCAGUGUUUUACUUUUGGAAAAGUAAAAUGAAAAUUGAAUACGACAGAGACUGAAUUCUGUAAUUAUUACUGAACUGCUAAGAGUGAAUGUGAUUUUUAUAACUAUAAUAUAAUAAGAUAAUUAUGUGAUUUUCACCUGAUUUAUUUGUAUUAUAUUCGGAUUUGUGCUUGGUUGCCAUCUUUGGAUGGAGUUCAUGUGAACAAGCCAUGGUGGCCAUUGUCGCAUUGGCUGCCAAAUAUUAACGUUGGUGUAGAAUGUGGCAUAUCUACAAUAUGUCUCCCCCAGGCUGGCCAUGAAUGUACAUUAUUUCUGCAGAACAGCCUGCGUUUUGUGCUGAUGUUAUGCCUUGCGUUGCGUGACCAUGUGUGCUCCCUGUUGCGAAUUAUCUAUGUACAGGAAUUUAUUGAAGGACUACGUUACAAAUAUUACCUUAUUAUUGCAAAUCCUGCAAGACUAUUGCAAUCCUUGUGCGCACCGAUUGAAAUGUUAUAUAAAUUUGGAUGUGUUUCGUAUGUUUUAGGGUAUUUUAGCAUGAUGACUGGAUUUUCAUCCUGCUUAAGUCCGAACGUGAUUUAUUGUUAUAACGACCACAAUUGUUUUCGGAGUGUGGCGUCUGUGAUAUGAAUGAGCCAUGUCUGUCGGGAUACUCAAAAGUAGUUCACUUUUGAUUUUCUUAAUUUCAUCAAAGCAUCUUUGAUUUAGGUGCGAGUUUUAUGGAAACAAUUUUUUUUUUUUUUGUCUUAGCUGAGGUUUUUAUGACUGAUGUCAUUGUUAUGCGACCGCUGAACCUUCUGACGUGUACAGUUACUCUGAAGCUCCAUGGGAAGUGUGUUCCUGGUGCAUUCUUCCUGAGCGCCUUCCCACAGAGCAUUCUGGGGUCUCUGAACCCUUCAGCUGUCUCUGACUGCGAGUCUCUGGACCCGUCAUCUGUCUCUGACUGCGGGUCUCUGGACCCCUCAGCUGUCUCUGACUGCGGGUCUCAGUUAUUUAGCCAGCAUACCUCGCAUUUCCCUUGUCCAUCGGGCGCCCGACGUCCCAUGUACGCGAUCUCUCGUUCGCGUGCUUGCGUUUUUUCUUUUUAAUUUUUUGACAUUCAUCAGAUAGAAAUGCUUGCCAUGGGCAGGGUGACAGGGUGGCCCAGUGG